CGGGCUUCAUUUGAGAGGGGGUCAAGUGAUUGACAGCCAAUUGCAGAGCGCAUGGGGCGUCACGUGGCCAUUGUUUUUCUUCUGACCGACGUCGCACGUCAUUCCGGGAGGCAGACAGGACGAAUGACCGUGUGUGUGUGUGUGUGUGCUGUUUUAACUCUUGUGCUAACAUUUAUUGAAGAAGAUAUUAAAGGAGUCCAGGCUUUUCGUUGACGCGACGACUCCAGACGACUGGUUGUUGAAAAGGGAGAGCAUAGAUCUAAAUAUUGCUUUUGGAUGGCACGAACCGAUCUCAAAGAAUGAGUCAUAGAUGUGCUCCAAAUGCCUGGGUGAAAGUAAGCAGAGCGUCUCAUUUGUGGCAAACGCAUGCCCACAAGUCAGCGGCAUCACUUCCCUUGUUUGAUACCUCUCACUGCAGGGUUCAUUCACAACAACCGUACUGCUACAAGGUUGGCUACCUCAGCUGGAGGCACAUCCACCACCUGAGGAUCACUGGGCGCAAGGGAUGGCUCUUAAAAGCUAACCAGGUCAGACAAAAACUUGGUCUCCACACCAGCAGCCUGUAUUUGAACACUUCAGCUUCGCGGUGGUCUGCUGGUCUGAGCCAACACAUGUCGCGAGUCAGGAACACGUUGGACACAGUUUCUAAAGCUGUGAGCGGGACACAUACAGAACUUCUCUCCAAAAUCGCCAGACUCAAGCCCAAUGCUUUGAAGGUUGGGGAAAAAGCUGAGGCUGGUAUUGAGUCGACAGCAAAAGCUGAGGAGAGUGCAAUCACGCCUGCCACUGCUUUCACUGAUGCUGCUUCCCCUUCUACGUCUACUCCAUCCAAACCCUCGUGCGAGUCACCUUCUUCCAGUCCUUCUAUUCCCACGUCUGCUGCUACAUAUGACGCAAGUGCCACUACCUCUACUCAUCCUCAUGGUUCUUCCCAAGCGACCGUCAUCGCCACUAAUCUGCCUGUGCGUGAACCUAAGGACAAGAGGCUGAGACGUGUUGUUCCUGCUGUCAAAGCCACUUGUGCAAGGAAGCAGGAGGAACCUAAACCUUUACCGAGUGAUACUGAGAGCAAGAGCACAGCCUCAAAGCAAACCACAGCACUUUUCCAUCCCAGCACCUUUUCAGUCAGCCUGGAUGAGACCUACAACUACCUGUCCCAUCACAUCAACUCAUACUUUGGCAGCAGCACAAAGACUCAGGAUAAUAAAGUGGACAAUGUUGACCACAGCCCUGCUCCCUCUCAGGGUCAGCAAACUACUGACCUCAUGUCAGUGUCUGAAAACAAAGAUUCUGCUGUAGCUGCUCCGGUUACGCCACCCUCCUCUAAGAAGGGUUUAGGACACUACCUGUCCUACUCGGCUCCCACUGUACAAGCCUUUGUGGGAAAUUACAUAGCUCCGCUGGUCCCCAAGUUUAGGACAGCAGAGUCCAAAAGUGCUGCAGUGGAGGAGAGGAAGUCUGAGGAUGCACCAGUCAAACAAGUCGAGGCCGCCGUUAGUAAGGAGCAGAAGGCGGCCGAGGAGAAAGCCAAGAGACUUCUGCUUCAAAGGGAGAAGAUCAUUGCCAGGGUGAGUGUUGACAAUCGAACCCGGGCUCUGGUACAGGGUCUCCACAGGGCAUCUGAUGUAAGAGUCUACAUCAACAGGGUGGAGGACCUCAGCUACCAUCUCCUGGAGUUUCCAGAGACAAGUGGUGUCGCAGUCAAGGAGAAGGUUAUCCCUUGCCUACUGCGUCUGAAACAGGCCAGUGACCCAGGCUUGAGGGCGGCAGUGAGGGAAGCCCUCGCUCUGGUGGGCUACCAUGCACCUGUUAAAGGCCGGGGAAUACGCAUCCUGUCCAUAGAUGGAGGAGGAUUGAGGGGACUUCUCGCACUUCAGACGUUACAGAAGCUGGAGGCCCUGACUGGCAAACCCAUUUACAAACUGUUUGAUCAUAUUUGCGGCGUCAGCACAGGUGCUGUCCUGGGAUUCAUGCUGGGCGUGUUCCAAAUCCCUCUGAGCGAGUGCGAUGAUCUUUACCGGAAGCUGGGGUCGGAUGUUUUCAAGCAGAACGUCAUCGUUGGCACCGUGAAAAUGGGCUGGAACCACGCUUUCUAUGACAGCGAAGCCUGGGAGAACAUCCUCAGAGAGAAAAUGGGCUCUCACCUUCUGGUCGAGACUUCAAGAAACCCUGAAUGCCCCAAGGUGGCAGCAGUGAGCACCAUAGUGAACCGGGGCACUCCUCUGAAGGCCUACGUGUUCAGGAACUACAACCUGCUGCCCGGGGCGCGCUCUCACUACCUGGGGGGCUGCCAACACCAGCUCUGGCAGGCCAUCCGUGCCACGUCAGCAGCACCCGGCUAUUUCCAGGAGUUCACCUUGGGAAAUGAUCUCCAUCAGGAUGGAGGUCUGCUGAUUAACAACCCCACAGCACUGGCUAUCCAUGAGUGUAAGUGUUUGUGGCCUAACACGCCCUUGGAGUGUGUGGUCUCACUCGGUACGGGCCGCUUUGAAACGCACGGCAAGAACAGCAGCACCUACACGAGCCUCAAAGCCAAACUCAACAAUGUCAUCAGCAGUGCCACAGACACUGAGGAGGUUCACGCCAUGCUCGACGCCUUCCUCCCUCCCAACACUUAUUUCCGCUUCAACCCGUACUUGAGCGAAGACAUCUCCAUGGACGAUAACCGGCUGGAGAAGCUCAACUUGCUGCAGGCUCAGGGCAUCCGUUAUUUGGAGAGGAACGAGGAGAAGCUGAAGAAGGUCACUCGCAUCCUCAACCGAGAGAAAAGCUCUCUCCAGAGGAUGGCUGAGUGGGCCAGGCUCAGGGUUGACACGUAUAACGGUCUGUCCUUUCGGUCCUAGAAGCUCUAGAAAUCCAACUCAAGCCUUCUUUACCUCACAUGGAAACUCUUCCCAUAAUCUAAAUCGCCUAGAAUAUGCCAUGUUACCAUGCUUAGUGUGUCAUAGUUUUUGACUUCUUGACCUGUGGCUCUGAAGAACAUUGUGUAAACACACACACAACUUGCCAAACACUACCUUCGUCCUCACUCAUGCUUCACACAUCGGGUUGCUAUUGUGGCUGGCAGCACUCGACUUUAUUAGGAAAAUAUGUAAAAUCGUCACUUUGGUCAUUUCAAUAGGGAUUUGUGAUCAGCUGUGCUAGCAAAUAAAUCUCGCAAACAUGAAGGAAUAGUUCAGCUUUUAGUGGAAUACAUUAAUUUGCUUUCUUGCUGUAAGUUCGUCAGUUACCGCUCGCAGCCAGUUAGUUUAGCAUAACAAUAGGAAAUGGGGAAAGCUAACAUGGCUCUGUCCAACGCUUCGAAAUCUGCCUACUUGGCCAGUUUCCAUGUCUUUGUGCUAAGCUGCUGGCUCCAGCUACAUUUUCAGCACAUGAGAGGGGAGGCAAGAAAAGCAAAUGAACAUAUUUUCUAAAAUGUCCAACUAUUCCUUUAAAAAACAGAAUACUGUAACGUCGUACAGUAGCCAGAGUCACCAAGUGAGCACUUUCCAGCCAUUUGCUUCAAUUUUGAAAGAUUUAUUACGACAACCAGUAUAUCCUCGUAAACAUGUUUGUACUUUCACAGAAAAACGUGUAGGUGGGCUGUACUGUAUGUACUAUAGAAAUGCAGUCCUUGAGCUAAGCUGUCAGCCUGUAGCUCUGUACAAUAGCAAUGUAAAGACAUUUUAAAAAAGGAAAAAUCAUUUUUUUUGAUUUAUCGGUCUAAUCAAGGUCAAUUUGAGCACCUAAUGAAAGCGUGUUUCUCAGCUGUGGUGACUAAACUUUGCACAUUUAACAAUGCAGCUACUGGUCACCUGUGUAAUUUUAUACUGAUUAUAGUGACGCCUGGUCCUAGAGAGUCCAUCUCAAGCAUUACAGUAUUGCAUAUGAUGUAAACGCAUGUUAUAUUUAAGAUGUAACACAAAAAGAAGAAGAAACUAGAAAAUAUCUAGUAAAAAAAUAUACUGCAGUGUAAGCUUUAGCACAAUAUUUCUUCCUAAAAUACCUAUGAUUGUUAAUGAUGCUUGAAUAUAUAAAAAUGGAGCCUUGCUGUCCUAACUUUUAUUCUUUCUUUUAGCCUCAGAAUAUUUUAAGUUCUCUUGUUUCAAACGCUUUUAUCAUUGUGUGCUUGAUUGUUUGCUUUUAUGGAUCCCCCACAGGCGACGCACGUUUUCGUCUUCACUGUGCCGGCUUCUUUCCCUUUUGAUGCCUCUUCUCAAAAGCCUUUUUCACCCUCUCUAUCUGGAAGCGCUUCGCUUCAGUCCCCGCUCUGCCGCACUGUAACAUUUGUUAGAAUCUUGCAGCUGCUGGUUCAAAACAGAUUGCUGCUUAUUGAUUUGUCAUUGCUGAAAAUCAUUUUAACGACGUGCACAGCUUUAAAAAAUUGCACUGCAGACAUUUAUUUCCAACAAUGUGUUGGUCACUCCCAGACCUGAGGAGGUAAAAUUAACACGGAUUAAUGUAAUUCCACUGUUCUCCUGUUGUUCCCGUGUAAUGACUGUUCUAAGAGUGCAUGUAAUAAAAAACCCAUCACCGAA